GCCUUGCCCCUGUCCUGGUGGCCGUAACUGGAGAGCAACACCAGCUUCCCUGGAGAAGGCCUAGAUGUGUUCUCAUCUUUUCCCUCAUAAUUUUCAUCCCAGCAUUUUUACUCUAUAUGCCAAGGUAUUUCUUCCAGUCGGAUUUAGCACAGAGGAUUUUAAGCAGAUGAAGAAACUGAGACCCAAAGAGAGACAGUAACUUGUCCAGGGCUCCCUCCAACAUGCAGACCCCUGCCAUGCUGUGUCUGCUGCUUGUGUGCACGGGCCUCCUGGAAGCGCCGCAGGCCCAGAGCCACCUCAUCUCUCGACGAGACCUAUUCUCUCAAGAACUGCCCCUGGAUAUGGCCCCAGCCUCCUUUGAUGACCAGUAUGAAGGCUGUGCAGCAGCCAUGACUGCAGCUCUCCCAGAUCUCAACCAAACUGAGUUCCAGGCCAACAAAGUAUACGCGGAUGGUUGGGUGCAGGCAAGCAGCCAAUGGCAGGACCGCCAGGCCUGGGGGCCAGAGUGGGUCCUGAGCUCUACUGGGUUGCCCCCGCCACCCCCUGGCUUCCGCGAUGAGCAUGGGGUGGCCCUCCUGGCCUACACCGCCAACAGCCCCCUGCACAAGGAGUUCAAUGCCGCUGUGCGUGAGGCAGGCCGCUCCAGAGCCUACUACCUCCACCACUUCUCCUUCAAGACACUCCAUUUCCUGCUGACCGAGGCCCUACAGCUGCUGGGCAGGGGCAGUUCGCCCCAGUGCCACCAAGUGUUCCGAGGGGUGCAUGGCCUGCGCUUCCGGCCGGCGGGGCCCGGGGCAACGGUCAGGCUGGGGGGUUUUGCCUCCGCGUCCCUAAAGAAUGUUGCAGCCCAGCAAUUUGGGGAGGACACCUUCUUUGGCAUCUGGACCUGCCUCGGGGUACCUAUCAAGCGCUACUCCUUCUUCCCUGGGGAGGAGGAGGUGCUGAUCCCCCCCUUCGAGACCUUCCAGGUGAUCAACGCUAGCAGACCGGCCCAGGGCCCUGUCCGCAUCUACCUCCGGGCCUUGGGCAAGCACAGCACCUACAACUGCGAGUACAUCAAAGACAAGCAGUGCAAGUCCAGGUCUUGCCAACUUGGUAACUCAGCCAUGGGUCAAGGCCCCUCUUCUUCAGUCUGGUCCCUCCUACUGCCAGUCUGGCUCCUUGUCAGGGGAACCUUUCCAUAGAGUCCAGGCCUGCCAUGAUCCAUCCAACACUGAACAGCCCCUCCUGGCCACCGCGCUGCCUCAGCCCGACAUGGGGAUGUCGGCCCCCUAUGUGCUUUAAGAGCAGCCAGGAUCCAUGGUGACCCUCUGUAAGCAAUUCUGGGACUUUCUCUGGCAGCUGCCAGGUUUGCUGAUGGAGAAUUUAGGGAAUCUGGG